AUGAAGCGAGCUGCCUGCAUUCUAACCAGCCUAAUCUUCUGGCAUUUGUUUUUAGCAGAAGCGGCUACCAGGACGUACUACCUUGGAAUUGUGGAGGAGAACUGGGACUAUGCACCGAGCGGCGAGAAUCUGAUCACAGGACAAAAUCUCACAGAGGAUGAGUAAGUCAAAGCAGGAGUCCUUGCUGGCAUCUUCUGAGUUUCUACUGUCGCUUUUAAAGUAGUUAAUUCACACUUGCCCACAUGAUGCAUAUUGGGCUCAGUGCUUUCCAAGUUGUUUGCUUGUUUGUUUGUUUCCUCCAAAGAAGCAUGUCUGGGCAAUGAAACACGUUUUUGAAGCGACCUUAAAACGCAUCGGAAAGCAGCAUAGGCUGGUUAAAACGGCAAUGCGAGGAGUUUUUUUAGGCUGCCUAUCGUUUCACAUUUGCAAUGUGCAUUUAAGGCGCACUGCUACAGGUCUGCACACUUAGCAAUUAAAUUAAAUUAAAUUCCAAGGGAUUUGGAGGGGAGUCAAGACCUGUGCUGCGGUCCUUUCGUAAUAAUGCAAACUUUCCUAAGCUUCAGUACCACAGUGCAACUGCCAUUCAACUGCAUUUGACUUAAACGCCCCAAGAUGAUUAUGUAUUUAUGGUUGAGCUAUCGUAUUUGUAUCGGGAGGAGUAAAGAUUGCAAUCUAAACACGCUUACUAAGAAGUAAGUCCCAAUGAACUCAGGGUGGUGCUUUUCAGACUAUUUUUGGCCGGGAGCUUCGGUCCUCACAACGGCUGCGCUUUUCUUCAAACCAGCUUCCAUUUGAUUUGAAGACAGAAGCCAAAAUCAAACUGAGGCGCGGAAAUUUUAGGCAGUGGAUGCGCAUGCACACAUGAUAGCACAUGCGCAGACACCAACAUCAGUGAGUUGGAGUUUGACGUGGGGAAAGAAAUCAGGUAAUGUGAAGACAUCUCUGCCCCCUCUCUGGUCUGACUUGAAACACAGCGGAAGUGGGGGUUGACUUUGCUGCCUUUCAAGCUGCUAAUGUGUUGAACUGGCCCUUGAACUGUGGCCCUGCUGAUCCCCACACACAUUCACACCCCAAAUAUAGAUUUCUGAGAAGGGUCUUUGGUGUAAGCCAGGCAUGUCCAAAGUCCGUUUUAGGGGCGUAAUCCGGUGCGCCGGUAGGUUUAAUUCGGCCCCUGUGGCAGUUUAUUAGUUUAUUUCCUGGGGUAAAAUCCUAAAAAACCCUCAACUACCUCAAUCCUAAAAAAAACCUCAAUAACUUCAAUCAUUAAAGAAAGCUCAGCAACUUUGGUCGGCCCUCACCGCCCUUCACUUCAUCAAAUCUGGCCCUCUUUGAAAAAAGUUUGGACACCACUGGUGUAAGCAGAGAGAAGGGGGCACUUGCAUGGCGAUGCACAAUUCUUCAGAAUUCUCCAUGCAGGCAUAAAACUCUGGGACAGAAAGAGAACCAUUUUUGAGAGAUUAAGGUCCCUACCAGACAACCUACAGGUGAAACUCAAAAAAUUAGAAUAUUGUGGAAAAGUUCAUUUAUUUCAGUAAUUCAACUUACUGUAUUUUAACUCCAUUGACGCACUGACCAUAGGACGCACUGAUCAUAGGAAGCGAGAACAGGGAAAAGAUUUUUUCUUGUCUCCUCCAAAACUAGGUGCGUUCAAGGUACAUUCACCAGAGCUGGCUGAGCGGUGGGGAAGCGCUGCUUCCACCGCCAGCCUCAAAGAUCCCUGAAGCCUUUGGAGCGCAGCGCCCACUGACCUGCACAGGCUUGCAGCGCAGCAGUCCCUAGCUAGAGCAGUGACGGAGCCCUCCAUCUCGCUGUUCUGGCUGGAACAGCCUGUAGCUCUGCAGGACAGCGGGUGAAGGCACCCGCUGCCCUGCAGAGGCUUGUGCGCAGCUCUGCUCUAGCUUGGGAGGGCUGCGCGCAACCUCUGCAGGGCAGCGGUGCCUCACCCGCUGUCCUGCAGAAGCUAGCAGGCUGUUCCUAGCCAGAACAGCGAGACGGAGGUCCGUCUCGCUGCUCUAGCUUGGGACGGCUGUGCGCAAGCCUCUGCAGGGCAGCAGGUGCCUUCACCCGCUGUCCUGCAGAAGCUGGCAAGGCUGUUCUCAGCCAGAACAGCGAGGCGGAGGGCUCCAUCUCGCUGCUCUAGCUUGGGACGGCUGCGCGCAAACCUCUGCAGGGCAGCGGGUGCCUUCACCCGCUGUCCUGCAGAAGCUAGCAAGGCUGUUCCCAAGCCAGAACAGCAAGACGGAGCGCUCCGCAGUGCUCCGUCUUCCUGUUUUGGCUUUGGGCUUAGCGGCGCAGCCUGCAUUCGCUCUAUAGGACGCACACACAUUUCCCCUUAGUUUUUGGAGGGGGAUAUGUGCGUCCUAUAGAACGAAAAAUACGGUAAAAGGUAAAACUAAUAUAUGAGAUAGACUCAUGACAUGCAAAGCGAGAUAUGUCAAGCCUUUAUUUGUUAUAAUUGUGAUGUUUAUGACAUGGCUCCCCAAAUCAACACAGACUGUGGAAACUUCACAUUGGACUUCAAGCAUCUGGCAUUGUGUGCCUCCCCAUUCUUCCUCCAGACUCUGGGUCCUUGGUUUCCAAAUGAGAUGCAAAAGCUGCUCUCAUCAGAAAAGAGAUUUGGGGAGCCAUGUCAUCAGCUGGUGUUGGUCCACUGUGCUUCAUUAAUUCCAGGGUCAACAUAGCUGUCUACCAGGAGAUUUUGGAGCACUUCAUGCUUCCUUCCAAAGACGAGCUUUAUGGGGAUGCUGAUUUCAUUUUCCAGCAGGACUUUGGCACCUGCCCACACUGCCCAAAGUACCAAAACCUGGUUCAGUGCCCAUGGGAUUACUGUGCUUGAUUGGCCAGCAAACCCGCCUGACCUGAACCCCAUAGAGAUUGUAUGGGGCAUUGCCAAGAGAAAGAUGAGAGACAUGAGACCAAGCAAUGCAGAAGAGCUGAAGGCUGCUAUUGAAGCUUCCUGGUCUUCCAUAACACCUCAGCAGUGCCACAGGCUGAUAGCAUCCGUGCCACACCGCAUUGAGGCAGUAAUUGAUGCAAAAGGGGCCCAAACCAACUACUGAGUACAUGUGCAUUCUUCUACUUCUCAGAGGUCCAAUAUUGCUCUAUUUGCAGUCCUCGUUUUGCUGAUUUCAUUUAAUAUUCUAAUUUUCUGAGAUUGUUAAUUUGGGGUUUUCAUCAGCUGGAUGCCAUAAACAUCACAAUUAUAACAAAUAAAGGCUUGACAUAUCUCGCUUUGCAUGUCAUGAGUCUAUCUCAUAUAUUAGUUUUACCUUUUAAGUUGAAUUACUGAAAUAAAUGAACUUUUCCACAAUAUUCUAAUUUUUUGAGUUUCACCUGUAUGUAUCGAUCAUUUAUCCUAAUCUGUUUGCAGAAUGUUAGGGAGCUGAGAUGAUACGAGCUUUUAAAGCAUUUAUUUUGACAAGCAAGCAUCACCCCACUCUCCCCAGUGCCUUUCCUUAUCACUUUCCUUAUCACAGAAAGUCAGAUUUGGGUUUGGGGGCGGUUGUUGCCCAAGAGCACCAAGUCAACUUUAGUUGUGCAACGUGAGUCUAGAAGCACCCAAUGCUGGCAUUCUACAGACAAUCGUCUGGUAAGCUACAUUAAAGUAAAUGGGACUUGCUUGUGAGUCAGUAAGCAUGUAUAUGCUUGCAAGGGAAAAAAAGAAAAGCUCCUAUUAUCAAUGCAUAAAGGAGAUGGAUGCUUUAUGAAACGCUUAUUGAUUGCCAAGCAUCUGAUGUUUUCAAUGUUUUCAGAGCCUGCUGUGGCCUUCAAACUUUGUGGAGAAAUAAUGACUUCUACAUAGGCUUGUGUGAUUGCAAGUAACCUUGUAGACGAAAUCAUUGUGAGGCACAGGUUUUAUAACACUGAUGAAAUGUGGCUUCAUCUGAAUGGUUUGAGAUGGAUAAACAGAACAAUUUGUAUACGUGAUGGUAGAAGCUUUUCUGCAAUUAUAUGGAUCUGCACUAAAUUUUCGGUGCUUAUUUUCUUCAAAAGGCUUCAAAAGUUGAAUUUCUGAGUUUAUUUUAACUCUUUGUUGCAUGUUAAAAUGUUGUUGCAUAGCGUUUGCUUCUGGUUUUUCAUGACCAAUAGGGUUUGCAGUGUUGGAUGUAGCAAAUUCUUAGAAUUCCAAAGCACUAACCAGUCCUUUGCAGACAUUCCCCAGAUCAAAUGUAGACCAGACAAGUCUACUCACGCUCCCUUCCAGAUUAGUGUUUUAUUGUACGUGUAUUCUGCAACAUGUUUAGGGUUGCCAUACGUCCGGAAUUUCCCGGACAUAGCCAGGAUUCGGCUGUCGGAAACAGUGUCCGGGCAGAAAUCACUGGAAUGUCCAUGAAAAUCCAGACGUAUGGCAACCCAUGUCGGAAGUGUAGAUUUUGGUGAAUUUCCUUUAAAAUAGCUCCGAAACUUAAUGUGUUGUUGUUUUUUCAGAUUUUGCAAAAAUAGCUAAACAGCUUGGCCAAAAAAAAAAAGCUGAACAACUUUUGUGUCCAGAUUUUCACUUUUUGAAAUACAGUGGUACCUCGGGUAACAUAUGCUUCAGGUUACAUACGCUUCAGGUUACAGACUCCGCUAACCCAGAAAUAGUACCUCAGGUUAAGAACUUUGCUUCAGGAUGAGAACAGAAAUCGUGCACUGGUGGUGCGGCAGCAGCAGGAGGCCCCAUUAGCUAAAGUGGUACCUCAGGUUAAGAACAGUUUCAGGUUAAGAACGGACCUCGGAAUGAAUUAAGUACUUAACCCGAGGUACCACUUGUUAUGUACUGAAGUUCUCACAGCAGGGGGAUACUGUAGAUAGUUUUCACUCAGGUCCACAUAUGCAAAUAAGGGAUUGAAAGUGACAUUCAGUGAUGGGAUAGUUACAGAAAAUGGUUACUGUUGCGUUCUAGUGGAGCUCUAUAUAAGCAAGCUGGCUGAACCCUUCAGUUCUGUUCUGUUCUGGCCUGUGAAUAAACAAGAGCUGUUUGAAGAAUCGCUGUGUCGUCUGAUAUGUUCACCCACAACUUAACACCACUGUAUGGCUACCCUAAUUGUUGGCACAAUGACAGUGUAUUACAGGUGGGGUGGGUGGGUUCUGCUUUAUUAGCUGUUGUGUGACGCUUCCCCUUAUGCUACAACAUAAUUGCUGUCCAGAGGGCAAUUUGCAGAAUGAAAAGUUACAAGAUUACAGCAGGAAGUUAAAGGAAAUGAAGCAGUAUGGCUGCCCCAAAACCUUUUCAGGCACAGUGUUGAAAGUAGGAUUGUGUCUUGGCAGAAUCCAGAGCACAAAUCAUUGUGAAUGUGCAAUAAAAAGGACGUACUGUAUUGAGGGGCCCUUAAUUAAGCAAGCUAAGCUACUGAAGUCAAAAUUCCCAGCAAAGUCGCCUCUGCAAUUGAAUUGUGAACUAAUUCAUAAUGGCCUCUUUUUCUACUCCAUUAGCCAGUGUUUGUUCCCUACACCCUAUGUAUGGUUACAGCCCUGUAGGGCCGGGAGUUGCAAAAGAAAUGUAUGUGCCAUGCAAAGGGCAAGGUACAUAUUGACGCUUGCCAGGUGUGUGGGGGCUGACAAGACAAACAAGAGAUGGCUGCUGCUUCACAAGAUCUAGUUUACAUUAUGGGACAAUGAAAGAAAAGUCAUCACGAAAUGGGGAAAACGGCUCCAAAUAUUCACUCUCAAGACCUAACUCAAUGUUGCCAGCAUUUCACAUAUUUUCUCUGUGCUGCUUAUUAAUGUUUAGUUGAAGCAGGUGUGUAAAAUGGUACAGUGGUACCUCGGGUUACAUACGAUUCAGGUUACAUACACUUCAGGUUACAGACUCCGCUAACCCAGAAAUAGUGCUUCAGGUUAAGAACUUUGCUUCAGGAUGAGAACAGAAAUCGUGCUCCGGCGGCACGGCAGCAGCAGGAGGCCCCAUUAGCUAAAGUGGUGCUUCAGGUUAAGAACAGUUUCAGGUUAAGUAUGCACCUCCGGAACGAAACAAGUACUUAACCCGAGGUAAAGGUAAAGGGACCCCUGACUAUUAGGUCCAGUCAUGGCCGACUCUGGAGUUGUGGCGCUCAUCUCGUUUUGUUGGCCGAGGGAGCCGGCGUAAAGGUUCCGGGUCAUGUGGCCAGCAUGACUAAGCCGCUUCUGGCGAACCAGAGCAGCGCACAGAAAAGCCAUUUACCUUCCCGCUGGAGCGGUACCUAUUUACCUACUUGUACUUUGAGGUGCUUUCGAACUGCUAGGUUGGCAGGAGCAGGGACCGAGCAACGGGAGCUCACCCUGUUGCAGGGAUUCGAACCGCCAACCUUCUGAUUGGCAAGUCCUAGGCUCUGUAGUUUAACCCACAGCGCCACCCGCGUCCCUUAACUCGAGGUACCACUGUAUUAUUAUUAUUAUUCCAGUGGUACCUCUGGUUGCAAACGGGAUCUGUUCCGGAGGCCUGUUCGCAACAUGAAAAGAACGCAACCCACAGCGGCGCGUCUGCACACUCGCGAGUUGUGAUUUGCCACUUCUGCGCAUGCGCGUGACGUCAUUUUGCGUGUCUGCACAUGCACGAGCAGCAACACCUGGAAGUAACCCUUUCCAGUACUUCCGGAUCACCGCAGGACGUAACCUGAAAGAAUGUAACAUGAAGCAGACGUAACAUGAGGUAUGACUGUAUUAUUAUUAGUGAAAUGGUAUCAUGAUGUCAGGAGCUGGGCAGAGGAGGAAUGGUGGAGACCGCCUCCCCAGCUUGACCCUUCCAGGGAGGAGGAAGAUAAAGACAGUUUAGAUUUACAACAGGGAGGUCACAGCUCAGAGGGAGAUGAAGGGGAAAGUUGGGAAAUAAUGGGAGAGGAGGAGGAAGCACCGGGGGGGCAACAGCUGACGGACACAGUGUCUUUAGAAAGCAUUCCAGACAAACACCCCUCUCCCAAAACCAGGUGAGCCUUGAAAGUAGGAGAGCAAAGAGCUCAAAGGCAGAGGGCACAUAGCGGCAUCCAUAGGAGAGACAAUGAGGUUGACGAAUGAGGAAGUGGGAGAGACGAGGGGUGGAGAUUCAUUUGGGACAACACCAUUACCCAAGAGGCUGGGUUCUAUAGCCUCUCUCUGUAAAUACUGAAUAAAAAGCAGACAGUAAGAAACAUUCCCUUGUCUUUGUACAGUCGUACCUUGGGUUGAAGAAGCUUCGGGAUGAAUAUUUUCGUAUUGCGCUCCGCGGUGACCUGGAAGUAACAGAGCGCGUUACUUCUGGGUUUCGCCACUCGUACAUGCACAGACACUCAAAAUAACGUCACGUGCAUGUGCAGAAGCGGCGAAUCGCGACCCACGCAGACGCACAGACGUGGGUUGCGUUCACUUCAGGAUGUGAACGGGGCUCUGGAACAGAUCCUGUUCGCAUCCAGAGGUACCACUGUAUGUUCCUGGGCAACCAGCCUGACACAUGAUGACAUUCAGUGUUUAUCUGUCCCCUACAUAAGUUGAUUGGUUCCCACACAUGGAGUGCUUGUGUUGGUAUUUCAAAUCUCAUCGUCCUCAUCUGUUCCAUAUGAUUCAUGGAUUGAAAAUUAACUUAAACUCACCCCUGCCUUUUCUACUGCAGAGAAGCAAUUGUCUAUGUGAGAAGAGGCCCCAACAGGAUAGGUCGGGUUUACAAGAAAGCAAUUUUCAAACAAUUCACAGACGACACGUACUCCCAGGAGAUCCCCAAACCAUCUUGGCUGGGUUUUCUAGGUCCAGUUCUGAGAGCCGAAGAAAGAGAUACUUUUAUUAUUCAUUUGAAGAACUUUGCUUCCCGGCCUUAUUCUGUACAUCCCCACGGAGUCUUCUACGAGAAAGAUUCUGAAGGUAAAACAAAGAUUUGCUUUUCCUCUUCUGCUGUUUCAGAAUCUAUCUCUUUCCUCUAUUACUCCUGGGAGCCAGUAUAGUGGUUCAGGUAGCAUGUUGGAAACUUGACAGAGGAGACCUCGGUUCAGAUCUGGGCUCACAUCAAUUUGUCUGCAGAGGAAUGUAAUAGAGGCCUGCUGGGUCAGAGCAAGAGUUCAUUUACUCCAGCAGUGUGGAAACUUCAUUAGCCUGAGGACCACGUCCCCUCACAGGGAAUCUUCGAGGGGGUGGGGUGUCACAUGUCAGUGGUGGGCAGGGCCAGAAGUAAAAGUGGGUGGAGUAAUAAAUGUGACUCUUGCCUUCGUACAGUAGGCUGUGCAAAAGCCAAAUAUUUAUAUACCAGUAUCAGGUGGUGGGGCAGGGCAAUGGUGCCUAACCUCACAUCACAGCCACGUUCAUUAAUUUCUUUUCUUUUUUUAAGAAUAUUUUUUUAUUAACCGACCAAUCACAUCAAAUCAAACCAAAUUACAUAAAUUCCAAAUUACACAGCCAAAUUUUUCUUGGGGGUACCCAUAUUUCAAGUUCCGAAGGGAUCCAAUCAACUUCUUGCUUCUUACUGCUGUUUUAAUGUCCACAAAUCUAACCUUAUGAUGUUCACAGUACUAUCCAGUCCUUUCUUAUUAUUUUUCCACAUCUCUUGUUGUUAUUUUCAUAUAUUUUUCCUUUCUCUUUGUGACCUCUGAUAGUCUCCGCAAGCUGGUUAGAACAGUUUGUAAUCCUGCGUGGAUAUUAUUUUUUUAUCCAGUAGCCAUAUCCAGACGUUUUCCAUAUAACAUCACUUCCAUACAUCAAAACAGUCUUAACGUCAUUAAUCUUCAUUGCCUCCUUUCUCAAAACCUCUGAGGAGAUUCACUAGGAAUGCAGUCUGAAACCAAGUCCGUUCUUCCUCCCGGCUAUAAAUCCUUUGGCAAGAUGGCGACUCCGAAUUAAUUGCUGCGCCAUUCCCAAAAGCUCUUAUUGCUUCUCGGUCUCCAUAAAGCAUACUUUGGUUAAAGUGGAGACACAGACCUUAAUCAUCCUGCUUGGGUCAGUUCAACCGACGGUUCUAAUGAGGAGGGGUUCUUGUAAAUCACAUAGAAGGAAAGUAAAAAAGGUCCCCCCCCCCGUCAGCCCCGUUGUCAACAUACUCUGCCUUUGGUGUAUCUUCAUCGUAAAAUAUUCCUGUUUCUCCAGCCCGUCGUCUUCUUUCGCAGAGGUCCCUUAUAUUAGCAGACUUCACUCCCUUCUUCACUUGAAAUAUGUGCAUUUGCUUCUUUUGUAAUUAAUUAUUCCAAAUUGCUGCAACUAGUGCGCGAUCAGAGACAGCGUCCAGGAGAGCCAAUGACCCCACCGGGCAGUCUGCCUAGGGCCCCCACCCCAUUCUUUCAAAUUAGGGGUGAUUUAUGGGCACAGCAGGCAAGGGCAGUGUUCCCCAUUUCCUUGGGGCAACAAGGGAGGCUGCCUACUCCCAUAACAGCCUCUUAAUUACCCCGUGUGGGUCGGAGAGAUGGUAUUGUUGGCCAUCUUCCAAUGCGCCCCCUAGUGGCCCCCGCCACGUUCAUUAAUUUCAGUGGGUUUAUUCUGAAUAAAACCUACUUGAGUGCUGCCCUAUAUUUACUUAGCCGCUUUCCCACCUUUUCUCUUUUUGCAAAAGUGAUCAAAGCAACUUUAAGAGAGAGAGAGAGAGAGAGCAAACUAAAAUGCUCAUGUGUAAGAUGUCUAAAAGGGCACACAAAGAACUUCAAUCUUUUUUUUUUUUACGUUCCUCUUCAGGAGCCCUCUACCGAGAUGGAACAGGUGGCAAAAGCAAGGCUGAUGAUUUUGUUCUCCCUGGUUCCAAUUAUACAUAUACAUGGCUGGUUACAGAUGAGUUUUCACCUACACCGGCAGAUCCACGGUGCCUGACUUGGAUUUACCAUUCGCAUAUCGACACGCCAAAAGAUAUCAGCACUGGGUUAAUUGGGCCGCUGGUGGUUUGUCGAAAAGGUACGGAACAUGUCAUGCCAAGUGCCUCUGUGGCAGCAAGAUUUGGUUAAAAAAUUCAGGUCUGCAUCCACAAAUUCUGAUACGUUCAGCAGUUGUACCUUUGCAUGACCUCUGAGUAGCCUAGCCCAUUUCUGGUGUCCAAUUCACACUGCUGGUUAUUAUGUUGAAAGCCCUAAACAAUUUUGGGUCAAGAUACCUAAAAGAACCAUUUCCUCCCAUCAAGUCCCAUUGAUAGCUGGGGAGUGGGGAAAAGGAGAGAGUAUUCUCAGAAAGCCUGAAUCGCAGCCUUACAAAGAGUUUUCUCUUCCAGCAGGUUUUUGACCUGCCAACUUGAAGAUAUUUUUUAACUGACCGCUCAGAAUUCAUAUCUCUUUUACCUGCUGUGCUCCUGUACUUUAACGGCAUUUUUUCAUCUCUGCCAAGCUAAGCAGUUGGCUCCUUACCUCUCUCGCCCUGACCUAGCCACUGUGAUCCAUGCGACAGUCACCUCCAGACUUGAUUAUUGUAACUCACGCUGCGUGGGGCUGCCCUUGAGACUGACCCAGAAACGCCAGCGGGUGCAGAAUGCCGCGGCGAGAUUCCUUACAGGGUCCUCGCCACGGGAUCACAUUCACACAGUGCUAUACCAGCUGCACUGACUCCCGGUGGAGUACAGGAUCAGGUUUAAGUGGACAAACGCUGGCUCCCUCGGCCAAUAAAGUGAGAUGAGCGCUGCAAGCCCAGAGUCGGUCACAACUGGACCUAUUGGUCAGGGGUCCCUUUACCUUUACCUUUAACCUUUAAAGCCCUAUACGGCCUAGGACCCUCGUACCUACGGGACUGCCUCUCCUGGUGUGUCCCAUGGAGGACUUUACAGUCUUCAAACAAAAACAUCUUGGAGGUCCCAGGCCACAGGGAGUUUAGGCUGGCCUCAACCACAGCCAGGGCUUUUUCGGCUGUGGCCCCGAUCUGGUGGAACGCUCUGUCACAAGAGACUAGGGCCCUGCGGGACUUGACAUCUUUCCGCAGGGCCUGCAAGACAGAGCUGUUCCACCAGGCCUUUGGCCAAGGCACAGCCUGACCCCCCUCCUUUGGUAAUCCACACAGAACUCUAGCCCAAUGGUUGCCAUUAAUUUGAUUCUGAAUUGAUUUUAGAAUGCUGUGCUUACUUUUACUGUUGUUAGCCACUCUGAGCCCGGCUUCGGCUGGGGAGGGCGGGAUAUAAAUAAAUUAUUAUUAUUAUUAUUAUUAUUAUUAUUAUUUAUUAAUGUGAUUUUUCAUGGCAACUGCAGCCAGAGCAGGUGAGGUUCCAUUGCCCUCCUGCCUUCCAAAUGCUUCACUGCUGCUUACUGAGAAGAAGAGGAAAGGGGAAAAGCAGUGGGAAGUUAGGCAGUGUGGAAGCAGCAGCAGGACCAACAUAUUGACUCUGCCACCGCACCCACACCAUGCCAAGCUCCCCACUGCCUUGUCCCUCUUGGGAAGCUGCAAUGAAGUCUGGUGCUAGGAAGGCAGGAGAGCAAUGCAUUCCCAUCCAUCCCAUUAGUUGGUUCUAUCUAUAGCAGAUACACACAAGUGCAAUUAUUGCAAAUGAUGUUGAUAGGAGUUGGGUAUGUUCAGCCUGGGGAAGAGAAGACUGAGAGGUGAUAGGGUAGACAUCUUCAAAUAUCUGAAGGGCUGUUUUCUGCUGCUCCAGAAAGUAGAAUGGAUUCAAACUACAAGAAAAGGAGAUUCUGACUAAACAUCAGGGAGAACUUUCUGGCAGUAAGAGCUGUUCGACAGGGGAAUGGACUGCUUCGGAAGGUGGUGGACUCUUCUAAACAGAGGUUGGAUGACCACCUGUCAGGGAUUCUAUAAUAGUGACAACAACAACAACUUUAUUAUUUAUACCCCCCCCCCAUCUUGCCAGGUUUCCCCAGCCACUCUGGGCGGCUUACAUAUAAAAUGGCAAAACAUUAGACAUUUAAAAAAUUCCCGAUACAGGGCUGCCUUCAGAUGUCUUCUAAAAGUCAGAAAGUUGUUUAUUUCCUUGACAUCUUAUGGGAGGGCAUUCCACAGGGUGGGUGCCAUUACCAAGAAGGCCCUCUGCCUGAUUCCCUGUAACCUCACUUCUCGCAGGGAGGGAACCACCAGAAGGCCCUCGGUGCUGGACCUCAGUGUCUGGGCUGAACGAUGGGGGUGGAGAUGCUCCUUCAGGUAUACUGGGCCGAGGCCUUAAAAGGCUUUAAAGGUCAGCACCAACACUUUGAAUUGUGUUUGGAAAUGUACUGGGAGCCAAUGUAGGUCUUUCAAGACCGGUGUUAUGUGGUCUCGGCAGCCACUCACAGUCACCAGUCUAGCUGCCACAUUCUGGAUUAGUUGUAGUUCUUUAGCUGUGAUGCCAGCACUGCAGGAUGACUGGAUGACCUUUGUGGGAUCCCUUCCAACUGUACAUUUCUAUGAAUCUGUAAAUGCUGAAAGCAGCAUAGAGCUUUUCCAAAAAGAAAUCUGGAGUAUAAAUACAGCAGCAGGUGAUGCAUUCCUUGGAGGUGGGUUUGCUGCCCCUGUAGAUUCUGCUACCCGAGGCAGGUACCUCACCUUACUUCAUGGAUGGGCCGGCCCUGGCCCUUCCCCAUGUACUGUUGUGCUGCUCACAAGUAAGGCCUAUCCCAUGUUCUUGGUCUGUAAUUUUAAAGAAUCCCCCUGUGCAAUUGCUAACAACAUCAUUCACGUACAUAAUAUGUACCUAGGCCUUGAGUCUGCACACUGAUUUCCUACUGGGGAUUGAUUUCAAGGCAAGAAUUUUUAGAACAUGUGCAGUGGCUCCAAAUAAAUUAACUUAAAGGGUUUACAAAAAAACAAACUUUUACGUGUUUGCUUUCUUAGGAACAUUAGAUGAUGCUUCAGCGCCAGCGGCCAAUGCUGCAAAGAGCUUCGCUCUGAUGUUCAGCGUCGUAGAUGAAAAUCUCAGCUGGUACCUGGAUGAAAAUAUAAAUACCUUCUGCUUGGAACCCAGCACUGUGGAUAAAGAGGACGAAGAUUUCCAACUGAGCAAUAAGAUGCACGGUGAGCUGUGCUGCAGGACAAGAAGAACAACACUUGUUUUGCAAUUGCUGCCAGAUUUGGUUGCAACUUCUAAUUGCUGCUGCUCCUCUUCCUUUCCUUGUGAGAGGAAAUAGUCUGGGGUUGUGUCAGGAUAUUAAUGCCGCCUCUUUCGUCUACUACCCGCAGCUUGAAACACAGGCCAAGCCGGAUUAGGUGCCUUCAGUUCGACCCUGAGGCAGGUUCCCCAGCUUUGAGUCACCUCAGCAGCUCCUACAGGAAAAAGCAGAGGUUAGGCAAGCAACCCAUUGUGAAAUGCCUUUCAUCAUGGGUAGGCAAAGUAAGGGCCGGAUCCGGCCCAAUCGCCUUCUAAAUCUGGCCCAUGGACGGUCUGGGAAUUAGUGUGUUUUUACAUGAGUAGAACGUGUGCUUUUAUUUAAAAUGCAUCUCUGGGUUAUUUGUGGGGCAGAGGAAUUUGUUCAUUUUUUUCCCUUCCAAAAUAUAGUCCGGCCCCCCCACAAGGUCUGAGGGACAGUGGACCGGCCCCCUGCUGGAAAAGUUUGCUGACCCCUUCCUUUCGCCAUGAGUCCCUAGGACUUGAAUGGAGGGCCUCUGGGUUUGUGUGUAGCUUCUCCUUGUGGUGAAACCCUGAACUGCAAGUUGCAGCAUCAUUCUAAGCACUUUAGCAUCCUCAGCCCCUGGACUGACCCCAUCAGGCAGGCUGUCCAUAGGAUCCCCCUGGGCAGGAAAGAGUUUGAAGGUCUUCCUGUUCCAGUUGUCCCUGAGCUCUGGUGUCUUCCUGUAUUCUUGGGUUCUGACAGCUGGCUUGUUCCUAAAUGCUGCCUCCUGCCUUUCACCAUGUCCUGUCUUUAGAAUCGUAGGUCAAGAUGCAAAUAAGUUGUUGAAUGCAUGGUGUCAGGUGGUCCACAAGAAAAGGUGCAGCAGAGGGAGAAAAGCUGGGAAAGUCUUGUUGCAUGAGCAGAUCUCCUUCUCCACCUGGACGCCCCGCUUAGUGCAAUGUUGAAUUCCAUUCAUAGAAUUGGAAGGGACCUCAAAGAUCAUCUAGUACAACCCCCUGUGAAUGCAGGAAACACACUACUACAGCAGCCCCACAAGAGUGGCCAUUCAGCUUCUGCUUUUAAAACCUUUUUAAUGAUAGAGAGUCCACUACUUCUGAGGCAAUCUUGCUCUUUGGUGCUGACUUCUGGACUCAUAACUGUGCUCACCUCAGACAUCUACUCCUGGCCCACAGCUGUCAGUGUCUAGACCCCAGAAUCCAUCUCUAACCCCAUCUUGAAGCAUGGGGACCUCUUCCAACUCCCCAACAUUCCCCUUCUCUGUUUUUCUUCCUUUUAUCUCACGUCCCCUUGGUUUUCUUUUUUUCUUUUUCUUAUUCUCUUCUUCUUUUCACCUUUAAAUUUCAUAUCUUUCUUGUUAUAAUAAUAAUAAUAAUAAUAAUAAUUUUUUAUUUAUACCCCGUCCUUCUGGCUGGGUUUCCCCAGCCACUCUUUAUCUUUAAACAAAGGAGAAAAGGGUGAUGAUGACUUCGUUUGAAGCCAUUUUGCUUCCAUUACGUUAGUGAAAUAGAGAACAAGAAGGAAAAUCUUAAAUGUGGCACACAUUAGCUAUUUUAAAAUGAAUGUCCCUGUCAUUCAUAUCCCUGUAACUCAUGGAUUAUCUUUUCUUAUAUUGUGUUAUAUGUUUCCAGCAAUUAACGGUUAUGUUUUUGGAAACCUCCCUGGCCUGGAGAUGUGCACUGGUGAAUUGGUGUCCUGGCAUUUGUUUGGGAUGGGGACCGAGAUCGACGUUCACUCUGCACAGUUCUUCGGCCAUACUUUGCUUAACAGAGGCCACAGGAUGGAUGUCAUCAGCCUCUUUCCGGCCACUUUUGUGACAGCAGAAAUGAUGGCAGAGAAUGCUGGGAAGUGGCUUUUGACCUGUCAAGUCGAUCAUCACAUACAAGGUAUCUAUGCACCAUUCGAGAAAGGUCAAUAGACGUUGCAGUUGGGCCAGAACAACUACUAUUGCUAGUAAUAUUUUAUAUAUCAGCAUUGGCAUGGAUAGUGCUGUACAGAGCAGAGCACAGGUCUCUGCCCCAAGGAUCUUACAGAUUCAACACCAAGGAAACACACAAAAAAGAAGGGGAAUGAAUAAACAUGGAACUGAUAUGCAUUUGUUUCAGUUGUAUUGUGUGCAUAGGCUGAGGGUACAGGAUGAGUGACAGUAGGACAUGGGAACAAAACGAAAUAAAUGCACAAAAGGUGACAUAUCAGCAAAGGUUUCUAAUAUAAGAAGUUGAUACAGUGGUACCUCGGGUUAAGUACUUAAUUUGUUCCGGAGGUCCGUUCUUAACCUGAAACUUUUCUUAACCUGAAGCACCACUUUAGCUUAUGGGGCCACCUGCUGCCGCCGCACCACCGGAGCACAAUUUCUGUUCUCAUCCUGAAGCAAAGUUCUUAACCUGAAGCACUAUUUCUGGGUUAGCAGAGUCUGUAACCUGAAGCAUAUGUAACCUGAAUCAUAUGUAACCUGAGCUACCACUGUUUUCUACACAGUGCAUCAAGCUUGAAAUGAUUCCAGAAAUGUAUUGUGUAAGCUUUUUUUAAAAAAGCCACAUAGCAAUAACAGGCUCUGUUCCACUGAUAAUAAUUGCUGCUUCUGGCGGCUGUAUAGGCUGCAUCUAAAUUUAAAAGUGCUCAAAAUGCCAAGCAAUAAUAAUCAGGCAGCCACAGCAGGUCCUUCAAACAGCACAUUUUUAAAAAAGUAUUAUGAACAGCCAUAAAUCCCCAUAUGAACAAACCCAGAGCCUGCAAUCAUCAGUCUGAGGCCUUUUGUGUUCCCAUCCUUCACAAGACCUCCAGAGGGUGGCAAUAUGAGAAUGGACCUUUUCUGCAGUGGCUCCCCGUUUGCGGAAUGUUCUCCCCAGGGAGGCUUGCCUGGUGCCUUUGUUACAUAUCUUAAGGCACCAAGCAAAAACAUUCCUGUUCUCCCAGGCCUUUGGCUAAUUAAAUGAUCCAUGGCUUUUUAAAUUGGGGGGUAUUUGGUUGGUUGGUUUGCUACUAUGUUAUGUAUUAUUAUUAUUUUUGUUUUUAUACAGCAAACUCCACUGUGAGCCUCAGAUGAAGGGCAGUAUAGAAAUUUAAUAAAAUUUAAUGAAAACAAACAAAUAAGUAAAAGGACAAGUUAAACAGUAGAGGGAAACAACCAAUAAAACCAGCAUUUAACCAACCUGACUUGGCACUCAUACCGUGUUCUGGUUCCCAGGAGGAGCCCGUGGAGCAAGGCAUUCCAGACAGCAAGGCAGGUCCAUUGUUUCAGCACCUAGGAGAGCUCCCAGUGGAGCCACUUGUCCAGACAAAAGAUGGCAGUGAACUGAUACUUUCUGCGCCUCUGUCUCCAGCCCAGCUCUCCUAGACUUCACCCCGUUUUAGAUAAUUAGGUCGCAUUCACACCAUUUAAAGCACUCUUGUGCCAUUUUAACAGCCCUGGCUUGCCCCAAAGAUUUACUGAAGCCUGUUAAGGGUGCUGAGAGUUUCUAUACAACCUCUCACAGGGCUACUAUUCCUAGCUCCAGCGUCUUUUAAAGCCAUCCAAGUUGACAGCCAUCAGUAUUUGCUGUGGCAGCAAAUUCCAUAGUUUAACUAUGUGCUUUGUAAAGGACCUUCUUUUCUGGGUCCUGAAUCUUCCAACAUUCAAUUUCAUUGGAUGCCCCCAAGCUCUAACAUUAUGAGAGGAGAAAAACUUUCCCUAUCCACUUUCUUCACACCACACAUCAUUUUAGACUCCAACACGUCCUUCUCUUACUCAUGUUUUCUCUAAACGAAAGGGGCCCCAAUACUUCAACCUUUCAUCAAUAGGGGCGUUGCUCCAUUGCAGCCUUGAUCAUUCUAGCUGACCACUUUCUGAACCUUUUUGAGGUUAGGCCACCAGAGCUGUGCACAGUGUUCCAAAUGCAGUCACACCGCAGAUUUCUAUAACCGUUAUUUACUGAAGUUGUCACCCUGGGCCAGCAGGGGGAUACUGUAGAUAGUUUUCACUCAGGUCCACAUAUGCAAACAAGGAAUUGAAAAUGACGUUCAGUGAUUGGAUAGUUACAGAAAGUUGUUACUGUUGCGUUGUAGUGGAACUCUAUGUAAGCAGGCUGGCUGAACCGUUCAGUUCUGUUCUGGGUCUGUGAAUAAACAAAAGCUUUUUGAAGAAUCUCUGUGUCGUCUGAUAUGUUCAGCCACAACUUAACAAUAACAGCAUUACGAUAUUGGCAGUUUUCAGCUCCUUUCCUAAUAAUCCCUAGCAUGGAAUUUUCCCUUUGCACAGUAUUGUAACCUUUGCUCAUAGGGGAAAUUGUUCCAUCCCCUUGACAAUUUUGGCUCCGUUUGUUUGUUUGCUUUUUUGCUUGUUGUUUUUCUACCUCACCUUUGUCCCAACUUGUGAUUCAUGAUGUUGGUACUCUUUUGGCACACUACUGUGCCCCCUGACAACCCAGUUUGGAAAUUACAGCAUUAGAAUAAUUGAUUGCAUGUUGAGACCAGAUCAAAUUAAAGACUUAUUGUGUGUGCUUUCCUACACUGUAGCUGGUAUGAUGGGAUUCUACAACAUCAAGGCUUGCGGUCAAAACAUUACCGGGCCUUCACAGAGUGGUCAGGAAAGAAGUUACUUCAUUGCCGCUGAAAGAAUUUUGUGGGAUUAUGGACCUGGUGGUUUUAAUAAACUCACAGGCCAGCCUUUAAAUGCUACUGGCAGGUAUGUGUUGUGAUAUUAUUUAUUUCUUCUUUUCCCCUUUUAGCUGAAAGCUGACAUUUUUACUGAUGUUUUAGUUACUGUUAUGUACUGAAGUUCUCACCUUGGGCCAGCAGGGGGAUAAUGUAGAUAGUUUUCACUCAGGUCCACAUAUGCAAAUAAGGGAUUGAAAGUGGCGUUCAGUGAUUGGAUAGUUACAGAAAGUGGUUUCUGUUGUGUUGUAAUGGAGCUCUAUAUAAGCGGGCUGGCUGAACCCUUCAGUUCAGCUCUGUUCUGGCCUGUGAAUAAACAAGAGCUGUUUGAAGAAUCGCUGUGUCAUCUGAUAUGUUCACCCACAACUUAGCAGUUACCUUGUUGUGAUUUUGUAUGCUGUAUGCCAUCUUUUUCUAAAUGAAAUUGCAGUCUAUAAAUAGUUUAAUAAAUAGGUUACUGAGUUAACUUAUGCAGAUAUAUGCACCAGGUUUUUGCUGUUGUUUUUAAAGCCCAUGUAGAAUAGCAGAUUGAGUGUUUGACUUAAAUAUUAGAAACCUAAGUUUGAAAUCAGUGGGGUAGAAUUCGAUAUUAUUAUUAUUAUUAAAAAUUUGUAUACUGCCCUAUAUCUGUAGAUCUCAAGGCGGUUCACAACAUAAUUUAUUACAAUCUGAAAAACACAAAAUACAUAAUAAAAAUAAGAAUGAAAACAAACCAAUAAAUGGGUGCAGUUGAAAAAAGAAGCCUUGAGACUCCUCCUUGUCUCUUCCCUGAUAACUUGUAGAGAAAUAAAAUGAUGUUGUUAUAUUCUGAACUGGAACUCGGCAUUGUCACGUGGUGCAAUUAAUUUCUCUGCACGUUACCUUAGGAGAGAAAAGAAAGUGAUGCAGGACUUCUGCUUUAGGCAGGAAUCCCAUGUCUCUCAUAUCAUCUUUAUCUUUAUCUCCCCCUUCGGCUAAUUAGCCUUGGGAUAAUGGCUACCUAUCAGUCUAACGUUCCUCACAGGGUUGCUGUGAGACUAAAACGGCAGCUGUGAGCUCCCAGGAAGAAAGGUGGUUCUCCAAAAAAACAAAUUAAUAAAUCUAUUUUGUGCAUAAUCUUACCUGUUUGCUUUAAACUGAGCAUUUCAAAUCUGUGGUCAGCUGUACAACCGGUAUCAAUACUUUGUUCUCUCACAGCGACUCAGCACCUUUCUUCAUACAAGGGGAUGACCGAAUCGGAGGGCAGUAUUGGAAAGUUCAUUAUGUGUCCUACACCGAUGAAAAAUUUACUCGCAAAAAGAAGCAAACAGAAGGCGCCACUCACCUUGGCAUACUUGGUACGCCUUGUGGUUUUGAGUCUUCUUUUUUUUUGGCACUGGUUUCAGUCCCGCUACAGUCUCUCACAUUGGAAGUUGCAGCCAGGCACCCUGAGAACAUUUCUCCCAUCUGAGCAAUGCCCCUAACCAAGGGUAUGGGGGCAAGCAGGGAGAGGUUUUAAAGCUCAGCGUCCCCUUCCCCAAACCAGCUCAUUUCUCUUCCCUGCUCUCCCCCAGGCCCAGUUAUCAAAGCUGAAGUUGGAGACACAAUUUUGGUUACUUUUGCCAAUAAAGCUGACAAAAACUACAGCAUGAUGCCUCAUGGCGUAGCUUUCAGCAAAUCAUCAGAAGGAGCCCCUUAUGAAGAUGGUAACUUUAUUUAUUUAUUUAUAUUGUUAUGAUUUGGGGGGGGUCAUUCUGGAUGAUGACCCGAGUUCCUUCCAUUUCUUGGGAUCCUGUAUCUGUAAGGGGUAGAAUGUAUAAGAGCAAGCUUGCCCAACCUGUCCCUUUGCCUAGGUAAUGGCUUGGGGCUGACUAGUUGCUCUGUGCUAUAGAACAAAUGGGGGAGCCUUCCCCAGCCCUCAGCUAGCUGCUAGGUCAGAGAACAAUCACCAGAGUGGUGUGUGACAGCUGAGCAGAAAAGGACUGGAGGCUGAAAGCUGCAGAGAGGAAGGUGUAUUGCUCUGUGCUGGGUCCAAAUCCGUGACGAAUGGAGGAGCAAGAUCUUUUGGGGGUGUCCAUGCUGUGAGCCUCCCCCAUCCUUUGCUCAGGCUGUGCAUAUCUUAACAUAAAAUAUUAUAUCCCAAAGACACCGCAGUCUCCAUCCACUUUCGUUCCAAGGAAACCAGAUGAGAGCAGGAAGCCCUAGAGUCCCUCAUGGCUUGGAGAUUAGAGUGGCAUGAAACAAUACAGUGGUACCUCGGGUUAAGUACUUAAUUCAUUCCGGAAGUCCGUUCUUAACCUGAAGCACCACUUUAGCUAAUGGGGCCUCCUGCUGCCGCCGUGCCGCCGGAGCCCGAUUUCUGUUCUUAUCCUGAAGCAAAGUUCUUAACCUGAAUCACUAUUUCUGGGUUAGCAGAGCGUGUAACCUGAAGCGUAUGUAACCCGAGAUACCACUGUAAUUAUUUAUACAUUUUUACACUGCUUUUUCAUGGAAAAAAAGCAUGCCUAAAGCAGUGUACAAAUUUCUUAGGUAACACAGCUGCGUGAAGAACAGCCUAAACAAUCUAACAGUCAAAAUAGAGGAAGAGAAAGAUACUGGCUUGUCAUCCAAAAAGGGGGAGGGGAGUCACAUGGAAAAAUUAGUCUGACCCAACUACAGUUACUCAGUUAAAUCCCAUUUCUUUCUAUGAAGAUAUUUACUUGAAUGAUCUUCUUUUAUUAUUCUGUGUGUGUUACCACGAGUUUCUUCUGGGAGGGUGCUUUUUCACCUCCUUUUAUUUUUAGGGCACCAGAAGCCGGGGGCUUAUGUUAAACCCGGCGAGACCUUUAAAUACAAAUGGAGAGUUCCUGAAAGUGUCGGCCCAACGGGCGAUGAUCCACCGUGUCUCACCUACCUGUAUUAUUCAGCAAACGAUCCUGUCAUGGACACCCAGUCUGGUCUUGUGGGGCCUCUAAUAAUCUGCAAGAAGAAUGCUUUGGAACCAGACGGAACACAGGUACUAAUUCUGAUUGAUCCAUGCAUUUUGAAUGGUUGAGAGCGUUUGCUGAGCCCAAAGGGUAGCAUGUUAAGCAAAUCCAGAUCUGAACUGAAUUAUAUUGAUUAGGUCUACUUACAACAUAAGAACGUAUGAUCAGAAAAAUCAUUUUCUAGUUCCGCUUUGGGCCUCCAAGGGUCGCUAAUCAAAUGCCCCUUGGAAGCUCACAACAAGAAAAUGAGAUAACAAGGGAUUCUGCUGCCCCUAUGGAUCCUUCCACCUGAGGCAGUCGCCUCGCCUUGUCUCAUGCAUGGGUUGGCCCUGGGUUUAGACAAAAUUCAUGGAGGAUGCUGAAGAUUCUGUUUAUACACUGAAUGCUGCAGAAAUGGUUUGAUAUUGCAGUGGAGUCUUUAUUUCUCACUUGUUGAUGUGAACCUGACUAGGUUGCAUCUCAGGCAUAGAAACACAAAUAGAAAGUUGCAAGGAUCAACCACUGCCUUGCAAGGAUUAAGUUCCUAUGUAAAAUGCUUGUCGAACAUAAAAUAAAACUACUCUUGAACAUGGUGCCUGGAAAGCAAUGCUUUGGAGUAUAUAGAUUUCUCCCAUUCUUUUUUAUCCUUGGAGGUGCUAUAGAAUGGUUUGUGAUCAGAGUCCAAAUUGGGAAAGAGACUUUUUGUGACGUUUACCGUAGAAAAAGGUCUGAGAGACGUCAUGAGCCAAAUUUGGAAGGAAGAUGACUUUGACGCUGAAUAAUUUAGAUGAAGUGAAAUCUGAACCUUUCACAUCUAAAUUAAGAAAAUUACAAGUGUUCAGACUGAACGAUGACUGUUUCGAGUCCCAUGAAGUUUUUGCUACCCAGGUUGCCGGAAGAAGAUGCUGUAGUUGUCUUAUUGUAGUCACAGCUACCCAGGAACUGAACAAUUAAGACCGGUUACAAUACUUAUAUUUAUUUCAGAAGCUGUAAUUAAUUGUACAUCUGAAACAUUUCAUCAUUGGUUUAUUGAUUAAUCAUCUGUUUUUAUAAACCCUUCCACAAAUGAUCUCUUUGUAGGGGUGGGGAACUGUGCUCCUCCAGAUGUUGUUGACUCACAUCCUCCCUGAGCAUUGGCCCUGUAGACUGGGGCUGGAAGAAGGUUGAGUCCAGCAACACCUGGGAGGGGGUCACAGAUAUCCCUACCCUGCAGCAUGGCCAAUGGUCAGAGAUGGUGCAGGUUUUGCCAAUCAACAUCUGGAGGGCUAUGUGUUCCUCACCCGUAACAGGUGCUUUAGGAAGCGGUCUGUAGCCUUGUCUUGUUACCAGUAAAAGGGAAUUGCUUCAACCAUCAUAAACUCAUAGAAUUGUAGAGUUGGAAGGGAUGCUGAGGGUCAUCUGGUCCAACCCCCUGAAAUGCAGGAAUCUCUGCUAAAGCAUCCAAGGCAGAUGACCAUCCAACUCUGCUUGAAAACCCCCAAGGAAAGAGAGUCCAUUACUUUCCAAGGGAGUCCUUUCCACGGUCGAACUUGUCUUACUGUCAGAAACUUCUUCCUGAUGUUUAGUCGGAAUCUCCUUUCUUGUAACCUGAAUCCAUUGGUUGGAGUCCUACUCUCCAGAGCAGGAGAAAGCAAGUUUACUCCAUCUUCCAUGUGGAAGCCCUUUAGAUAUUUGAAGAUGACUAUCAUAUCUCUUCUCAGUCUCCUCUUUUCUAGGCUAAACAUACCCAGCUCCUUCAACCGUUCCUCAUAAGGCUUGGUUUCCAGACCCUCGAUCAUCUUGGUUGCCCUCAUCUGCACACACCUGUUUGGUGGCAGCAAACCUGUAGAAUAGAAUUUUAUUAUUACGGUCACAGACCAGUUCCGGCUCACUUACAAUAUCAGGAAAAUCAUAAAACACAACAGGAAUACAUUGAAUUGCUAUUGGGUAUGACAAAGACAAUUCAGAUAUAGCAGCAGUUAAAAAUAUGUAUUAAAUCUUGAUCACUAAAAUAUAACCUAAAAUUGUCAUUUAAAACCUUAGUCAUUUUGGUAGUGCAGCUUGUUCUCUAGGUUUUAUGGCAGUCACACAGAAUUUGGCCACCCGUAGUGUGAUCUCUACAUCCUUGUCCUCUACCAGGAGUUUUAGACAUUGAAGUUCGAACCCAUUUGGAGAUUUUUGUAUAACAGGAGUGAUAAAUACCGAGCGUAUACCCCCGUAGAAACGACAGUGUAACAAGACAUGAGAGGCAGUUUCUACCUCCAUCAAGCCGCAGGGGCAGACUCGUUCCAUGUAUGGAACCAAACCUGUGUACACUACCUUGUACAGUACAGAAGGUAAAGGGUAAAGGAACCCCUGACCAUUAGGUCCAGUCGUGGCCGACUCUGGGGUUGCGGCGCUCAUCUCGCUUUAUUGGCUGAGGGAGCCGGCGUACAGCUUCCGGGUCAUAUGGCCAGCAUGACUAAACCACUUCUGGCAAACCAGAGCAGCGCACAGAAACGCCGUUUACCUUCCCGCCGGAGCAGUACCCAUUUAUCUACUUGCACUUUGACGUGCUUUCGAACUGCUAGGUUGGCAGGAGCAGGGACCGAGCAACGGGAGCUCACCCCGUCGCAGGGAUUCGAACCGCCAACCUUCUGAUCGGCAAGCCCUAGGCUCUGUGGUUUAACCCACAGCGCCACCCGCGUCCCUUUCGUUGAAUGUUACGUGUCAAUAAAUGUAUGACUUUGUGUACACAGAUUUCACACUUGUUGAAUGUGAACACCCACAUAUCAGAAAAUCGUUGAGGUGGAAGGGAUUCAAACCAAGUGUGGAAUGGCCACAUAGGUGCAUAAUCAGAUGAGGAAAUACUGCAGCUUAGAGGGAGUGCGCAAAGCUAAAAGCUUCAAUCUCUAGGAUCUUCAGUUAGGCUGGGAAAGACGCCUCCCUGAAACCUUGGAAAAAUGCUACCAAUCAAUGUAGACGCGUUUAUUUCUAACCAAAACCAAAACCUCUUGGACUAGUUUUAUAAUCCUGUCAAAGAGAUUUUUUCUCCUUCAAUUUGGUUAAUCCUUUUAAUUCAGUAUGCACAAUUAGGAGCUGUUUUAAGAACGUCAUUUUCUAGGUGGUUAAACCUGUGAAACAGCAGUUAGUCCAGGGACAUGUUCUAGUUUUGGUUUUAAAUAGCACAGUACGUUUUCUGUAUAAUAUAUAGCACAGGUUAUCCAUGAUGGGAAAAGCUUGCUCUUUAAGAGCAGAGUGUUGGUGCUGACCUUUAAAAUCCUAAAUGGCCUCGGCCCAGUAUACCUGAAGAAGCAUCUCCACCCCCCAUUGUUCAGCCUGGACACUGAGGUCCAGCUCUGAGGGCCUUCAGGCAGUUCCCUCAUUUCGAGAAGUGAGGUUACAGGGAACCAGGCAGAGGGCCUUCUUGGUAGUUGCACCCACCCUGUGGAACACCCACCCACCAAAUGUCAAGGAAAUAAACAACUAUUUGACUUUUAGAAGACAUCUGAAAGGCAGCCCUGUUAAGGGAAGCUUUUAAUAUUUAAUACUGUGUGGGGGAAACUCAGCCAGAUGGGUGGGGUAUAAAUAAUAAAUUAUUAUUAUUAUUAUUAUUAUUAUUAUUAUUAUUAUUAUUAACUUUUAAAACAGUUAGUCACCAAAGAAAGCAGCAAAACUCGCCGCAGAAAUUCCCGGAUGUUUUCUGCCUUCAGACGCCCCCAUGUAUAAGACAUCCCCUAUUUUGGGGGACUCCAAUUUAAGAAAAUUGGGAGCUAUAUCCAUGUAUAAGAUGCCUCUAAAAUUUUGACAUUAUAUUUUUUGGGGGAAACCUAGUCUUAUAUACGGGAAAAUAUGGUAAAUAUUAAAUUGUUGUAAUUGUUGUUGUUGUUGUUGUUGUUGUUGUUGUUGUAAACCAAAAGAUCCAGAUCUUAGAAUCAUGAGUGCAUUCCAGGCUAAAAGGGCCAUGCAAACUUUCUUUAAUGUUGAGUGGGAGAGAUUCCUGAAGCUAUUGUAGAGUAUUUUAUAGCUCUGUAUUUAAUACUAGAGCAAGUUCAAAAUUUAGCACUGGAAUGUUAUUUCAUUGAUGAAAGAUUCUAGCGUAAUGAUUCUGAUCUCCUGCUUAAAGAAAAAAGUGGAAAUGUUUCCCCCCCCCCCCAAACGCAUAUUUGUUUUUUGACUGCAGAAAGGAAUGGACAAAGAAUUCUACCUACUGUUUACAGUAUUCGAUGAGAACUUGAGUUUCUAUCUUGACAAAAACAUCAAUUCCUUCACUGGUGAUCCAUCCAAAGUUAAUAAGGAAGAUGAGGAUUUCCAGGAAUCCAACAGAAUGCAUGGUAUGGUAAAAAAAAAAAAAAUCACCAUUGGGUAUUGGUUUGUAGCAGAGGUAUCCAUUAUGAAAGAGAAAUGAGGGCAGAAUUAGGUCCUAGGGGAAGAGCAUAGGGCUUCUCCAAACAACCUGUUUAUUGAGCUUCCGUCCUGAUUUGCUUUCACAAAGCUUACACAGUACUUAGACGAUGUCUGGCCUUUAUUGAGCAUUCAUUAUGAUUUUUUUGUGGGAGAUUAAACGACAAUGAGCAUCCAGCCUGAUUUGCUUUUGUUUAUAUGCCUUUUCAUAAGUCAUUUCUUCAUUCCACACUAUUUGUUCAUCCCAACGCACUUCCCCAUGACUUUUCUAAUUGGAGUCAGUUUCUUUUUUAAGUGGAUUUGUUGCAUUAGGGUGACAGAGCACUUUAAUCAAUUUUCCCGGUAUUCACUUGAACCCCUCCCACAAAAUACUGACCAUGGCGGUGCCAUUGAGGUACCAUGUCUGUUGCUGAAAUUUGCAGAAUGAGCUGCAGUGUCUGACUGCCAACUUUCUUCAGUCGUAUUGCAUCUUUAUGAAAUGCAUACAAACUUUGUUGUUGUUGUUGUUGUUUAGUCGUGUCCGACUCUUCGUGACCCCAUGGACCAGAGCACGCCAGUCACUCCUGUCUUCCACUGCCUCCCGCAGUUUGGUCAAACUCAUGCUGGUAGCUUCGAGAACACUGUCCAACCACUCUCAUCCUCUGUCGCCCCCGGCUCCUUGUGCCCUCCAUCUUUCCCAACAUCAGGGUCUUUUCCAGGGAGUCUUCUCUUCUCAUGAGGUGGCCAAAGUAUUGGAGCCUCAGCUUCAGGAUUUGUCCUUCCAGUGAGCACUCAGGGCUGAUUUCCUUCAGAAUGGAUAGGUUUGAUCUUCUUGCACUCCAUGGGAGUCUCAAGAGUCUCCUCCAGCACCAUAAUUCAAAAGCAUCAAUUCUUCAGCGAUCAGCCUUCUUUAUGGUCCAGCUCUCAUUUCCAUACAUCACUACUGGGAAAACCAUAGCUUUAACUAUGUGGACCUUUGUUGGCAAGGUGAUGUCUCUGCUUUUUAAGAUGCUGUCUAGGUUUCUUAUUGCUUUUCUCCCAAGAAGCAGGCGUCUUUUAAUUUCGUGACUGCUGUCACCAUCUGCAGUGAUCAUGGAGGCCAAGAAAGUAAAAUCUCUCACUGCCUCCAUUUCUUCCCCUUCUGUUUGACAGGAGGUGAUGGGACCAGUGGCCAUGAUCUUAGUUUUUUUGAUGUUAAGCUUCAGACCAUAUUUUGCGCUCUCCACUUUUAAGAGGUUCUUUACCAUCAAAGUUGCGUCAUCUGCAUAUCUGUGGUUGUUGAUAUUUCUUCUGGCAAUCUUAAUUCCAGCUUGGGAUUCAUCCAGUCCAGCCUUUUGCAUGAUGAAUUCUGCAUAUAAGUUAAAUAAGCAGGGAGACAAUAUGCAGCCUUGUCGUGGAUCACUGCCUUGUUGUGGAGAAGGGGUUUGAAUAACUCAGAGAAGCUAUGAGCUAUGCCAUGCGGGGCCACCCAAGACGUACAGGUCAUAGUGGAGAGUUUUGACUAAACGUGAUCCACCUGGAGCAGGAAGUGGCAAGCCACUCCAGUAUCCCUGCCAAGAAAACUCCAUGAACAUACAAACUUAGCUUGAAGUCAAAGAAGUGUUAAAUCAAGCUUACUUGCCUAGGACCAGCAAAAGGCACUUCUAGGGAAACUUUGCAAAAGUUUGGUAUUUUUUUCAAGGAGGCCGCAAAGGACUGACCUGCGUGUCAGGACAGCAAGCCAGGAAGAAAUGUAAACCAUUGUCUUCUGCGAACUUAAUUGUAGGGUUGUGUUAAAUGCUACAACGCAGUCUGGAUGAAGACUCAAGCCACUGCUGCCUAUUAGUAUCCUAUCUGCAAGAUCUGAAUUAUUUGGAGGACAAGUUGAGAGAUGACUUGGUCCUGUUAAUAAUAAAGCAGGCAAGCAUUAAUGAAGUUCUCUAGACAGCUUCUUUGCCUCCGGCAGAUAGGUGCCGAGUUCAUAGGACAUGAACUAAACUGAAUGAGUUCAUUAUACAUUGAGUUUGUGAGCAUUCCUGUGAACCGAAAUGGCACAUAAAUGAUUGUGCAUUACCCUAAUGAUGCACCCAGAGUUACUUACACAUGUAAGUGAACUCAUGUUUAUUGUGCCCAGAGGAUGUGGUGUCAUCUUGAAAAUGACAGCUGUAUCUUUGAUGUCAAUCAAAGGUGGAUUGAAUCCACCUAGUAGCCUCACCGAGGCAACCAAAAUCUAGAGCCCAAUCACUGCUCUCCUCACAGAACCUCCCAAGACAUGAUCAGUUCUGGCAGAGGUGAAUGUUCAUCCCUUGUUAGCCGGGUCAACUAUUCCUUAAGGCAGGGGAAGCCUUUCUGGCCACUGGAACAGAUCUUAAUCACCCUUUUCCUUGGUGCGCCCGGGGCACAUUUCAUGCACAUUUGUGUAUAAUGUGUAAGGUAAAGGUAAAGGGACCCCUGACCAUUAGGUCCAGUCGUGGCCGACUCUGGGGUUGCAGCGCUAAUCUCACUUUAUUGGCCGAGGGAGUCAGGGUACAGCUUCCAGGUCAUGUGGCCAGCAAACCAGAGCAGCGCAUGGAAACGCUGUUUACCUUCCCGCCAAAGUGGUACCUAUUUAUCUACUUGCACUUUGACGUGCUUUUGAACUGCUAGGUUGGCAGGAGCAGGGACCGAGCAACGGGAGCUCACCCCGUCGCGGGGAUUCGAACCAGAAAGGCUUAAAAGAACUGGCAGAUGUGAUCUCAGAACCACUGGCAGACAUCUUUGAGAAUUCCUGGAGAACAGGCGAAGUCCCGGCAGACUGGAGGAGGGCAAAUGUUGUCCCUAUUUUCAAAAAGGGGAAAAGAGAGGACCCAAAUAAUUACCGCCCAGUCAGUCUGACAUCAAUACCAGGGAAGAUUCUGGAGCAGAUCAUUAAGCAAACAGUCUGUGAGCACCUAGAAAGGAAUGCUGUGAUCACCAAUAGUCAGCAUGGAUUUCUGAAAAAUAAGUCAGGUCAGACUAACCUGAUCUCGUUUUUUGACAGAAUUACAAGCCUGGUAGAUGAAGGGAACGCAGUGGAUGUAGCCUACCUUGAUUACAGCAAGGCAUUUGACAAGGUGCCUCAUGAUAUUCUUGUAAAGAAGCUGGUAAAAUGUGGUCUUGACUAUGCUACCACUCAGUGGAUUUGUAACUGGCUGACUGACCGAACCCAAAGGGUGCUCAUCAAUGUUUCCUCUUCAUCCUGGAGAAGAGUGACUAGUGGGGUGCCACAGGGUUCUGUCUUGGGCCCGGUCUUAUUCAACAUCUUUAUCAACGACUUGGAUGAUGGACUCAAGGGCAUCCUGAUCAAAUUUGCAGAUGACACCAAAUUGGGAGGGGUGGCUAACACCCUAGAGGACAGGAUCACACUUCAAAACGACCUUGACAGAUUAGAGAACUGGGCCAAAACAAACAAGAUGAAUUUUAACAGGGAGAAAUGUAAAGUAUUGCACUUGGGCAAAAAUGAGAGGCACAAAUACAAGAUGGGGGACACCUGGCUUGAGAGCAGUACAUGUGAAAAGGAUCUAGGAGUCUUGGUUGACCACAAACUUGACAUGAGCCAACAGUGUGACGCGGCAGCUAAAAAAGCCAAUGCAAUUCCGGGCUGCAUCAAUAGGAGUAUAGCAUCUAGAUCAAGGGAAGUAAUAGUGCCACUGUAUUCUGCUCUGGUCAGACCUCACCUGGAGUACUGUGUCCAGUUCUGGGCACCACAGUUCAAGAAGGACAUUGACAAACUGGAACGUGUCCAGAGGAGGGCAACCAAAAUGGUCAAAGGCCUGGAAACGAUGCCUUAUGAGGAACGGCUAAGGGAGCUGGGCAUGUUUAGCCUGGAGAAGAGGAGGUUAAGGGGUGAUAUGAUAGCCAUGUUCAAAUAUAUAAAAGGAUGUCACAUAGAGGAGGGAGAAAGGUUGUUUUCUGCUGCUCCAGAGAAGCGGACACGGAGCAAUGGAUCCAAACUACAAGAAAGAAGAUUCCACCUAAACAUUAGGAAGAACUUCCUGACAGUAAGAGCUGUUUGACAGUGGAAUUUGCUGCCAAGGAGUGUGGUGGAGUCUCCUUCUUUGGAGGUCUUUAAGCAGAGGCUUGACAACCAUAUGUCAGGAGUGCUCUGAUGGUGUUUCCUGCUUGGCAGGGGGUUGGACUCGAUGGCCCUUGUGGUCUCUUCCAACUCUAUGAUUCUAUGAUUCUAUGAUUCUAUGAACCACCAACCUUCUGAUCGGCAAGUCCUAGGCUCUGUGGUUUAACCCACAGCUCCACCCACGUCCCAGUAUAAUGUGUAGUUGAGCCCUAAAAUCUGCCAGUAGGUGAGAACAGACGAGCAGAGAGGCAAGGGUAACAAGCAGGUGAAUAUGAGCAAAUUCAGUUGUGGGUUUGCAAAAGCACAGUAUUCUGAGAUGUCGAGUGUUUUUUCUACUUUCAGCUGUCAACGGCUAUCUGUUUGGGAACCUGCCUGGACUCACCAUGUGCAAGGAUGACAAGGUUUCUUGGCAUAGUAUUGGACUAGGCACGGAAACAGACAUGCAUGGUGUUCAUUUCGAAGGGAACACCAUUCACUUGGGUGGCACAACCAGGGAUACCCUUGCCUUGUUCCCUCACACGUCGGCAACAGCCCUGAUGCAGCCAGACCGAGUAGGUAGGUUUUUGGGAGUGGGACCUGAGCAUCCUUUCUCCAUGCGACUACAAAGCUGUCACCAUGUGCAUUGAUAAAUCAAAUCAUUGUGAUGCUCACUGGAUUAUGAAUGUUUAGAACACUGUAAAUGUUGCUGUAGCAUCCAUACGUUCAUGAGCCUCUACUUUGAAGUAUCAGUGUAUCAACUGAUUUAUAAACUGCUUGAGCCAGAGGACAUAGCAUUGAUGCAAUGCAAGACACUGCUGUGUUAUAAUCAACAUUGCAAUAAUACUAUUGUCAGUGCUAUGUUGUAAGGGAGUGCCUUCCGCAUGUGUGCAUCUCCAUCCAUCAAGUUAUACAAGGGCAAAACACAGCUGAAAGAGGCCGCUGCAGAAUCUGCAGCAAAGUCUUCCUUCUAUAUCCAUAUGUAUAGGGAAAGGUAAAAAGGUAAAGGACCCCUGGACAAUUAAGUCCAGUCAAAGACAACUAUGGGGUUGCGGCGCUCAUCUUGCUUUUCAGGCCGAGGGAGCUGGCAUUUGUCCACAGACAGCUUUCCAGGUCAUGUGGCCAGCAUGACUAAAACCACUACUGGUGCACGGAAGACCGUGAUGAGUGCCAGAGUGCAUGGAAAUGUCGUUUACUGGCGUGCUUUCAAACUGCUAGGUUGGCAGAAGUUGGGACAGAGCAACGGGAGCUCACUACCGUUGAGCAGAUUCGAACCGCUGACCUUCCAAUCCGCAAGCCCAGGAGGUUCAGUGGUUUAGACCACAGCGCCACCUGUGUCCCCAUCCAUAUGUAUAUAUGUGUGUAAAGCAUUUUUAUACCCUCCUUUGAUCACAUUCCGUGGGCAAUUCGCAACGGGAGUAAAACAUUUAAAAUGUAAACGUACCACCACAGUCUGUUAGAGCAUGGUGCUGAUAACGUCAUGGUCACAGGUUUGAUCUGCCUGCAUAUUCCUGCAUUGCGGGGGGGUUGGGAUAGAUGACCCUCGGGUCCCGCCCAGCUUUACAAUUCUGUGAUUCUGUGUGAAAUAAUCCAAUCUUCCGCUACAAACUCCUCCCUGGAUCCUUCACUCUACUGGUUCAAAUCUUCUUGUCAAAUCUUUGCUCGCCUUCUCUAUUCCCCACCUGCACCCUUUUGCUUUUCUAGCUUUCUACAGUCGCAUGCCUCCUGACAGCUUAUGCUCUCUGUUCACCUUGGCUUCACCUCCAGCUGAAGAGCCUUCCCUUUUAUUUCAUUCCCCACAAUAAUAUAUAUUGUCUCUUCACUUUAGAUUGUAGCCAGCAGGCAGAGGGGUGCUGUAUUUCUGCUUUUGGUGCAGUGAUUUGGAGUGCAAUAACACCAACAACCAUCUCCUCGAGCAGCUAGCAUGGUGAUUAAUGUCACAAUUUCCUUUCAGGGACUUUCCAGUUGGUUUGCAGGACGUUCGAUCACUUUACAGGAGGGAUGAAGGAGCUUUAUGAAGUUAAGCCCUGUGGCAAAACACCUCAUGAUGGGAGGCACUAUGGAACCAUGAGAACAUAUUAUAUUGCUGCCGAAGAAAUGGAGUGGGACUAUGCCCCCGAUAAGAACAGAGCAGAGCAGAGGGCGAAGGCAGCGAGCAAAGAGGAAAGGUACAGAUAAGGGACAAAUUUGAUUUUGAUAGGAUAAACUGCCAAAUUCUCACUUCUGGAUCUAAUUUGUGAACCAAAGCCCAGCUGUCCUUUGAGAUUCACAGUCCUCUGAAUUUCAUGAUACAGUUCUUCAACUCAACAAUGUGUUUUAAAAUAUAUAUAUAAAUGCAUUAUGUUAAGGGAAAGCACAGAAAAAUGCAUAUGUUAGUGAAGAUAGCAUGCAGAAAUGUGUUGCACUGGGGUAAAUUGCUUGCAGAAAUGUGCAUAUUGGUCAAAACUGCAUAUUUAUUAAAAUAAACUCACACUAAAAUGCUAACAAGUAUUCAUAAGGAUUUAUUUUUCUAAAAUAAAAAGAAAAUAGCAAACUGAUGUUGAAAGGUGGAGGUGGAUUAAAAUGUGGAAAAAAGACAACCCGAUAGAACCAAAAUUCACAGCAUCAUCCUUUGUUUCCGGGUCACAGGUCAUGGCUUCCUGACAGAUUUGCGCUUCUGUCUUUAGAAAUUAGGCACUUGCAGCCUGAGCUUAUGUAUAUUUACUAAGAAGUAUGCUCUGCUAUUCAAUGGAGCUUAAUUCCAAGUAGGUUUUGCAGAGAAUUGCAACCCAAGGUACCUUUGUCUUGAAGUAAACCCUAUUGAACACAAUGGGACUUGCAGCUGAGGUAAAUGUGCAUAGGAUUGCACUGUGCAUCGCUUCAGCUAUUUCUGUUUCGGCCCUCUCACAUCCUGAGGUAAACAAGGCCUACAAAUUUCACUGUCCAGAUAUUCAGAACACAGUUUGCCUCUUCAAGUGUCACCCUCUUUCUAUCAUUGCCUCACUUUUUAUUAUUCUGCUUAAGAAUGGUAAAUAUUUUGGGGAACUUCUAAACUGUUUUCUCGCCUUGUAAAAUGUUUUCAAGUUACGGACAUGUCUUUGUGAGCCAAGGUGAAGGCCUCAUUGGUUCAAAGUACAAGAAGGCAGUUUAUAGAGAAUACAAAAGUGGAGAUUUCGUGGAGCGCAAAAGGAGGGGCGCAAAGGAGCGACACCUACAAAUUCUAGGUGAGAAAUUUGGGGCUACAUAAUUCAUUUGAAACUCUUGAAAGCACCUUGCAAAUAUUAAGCACUGGUGUUUGGUUCAGCUUGUGAGGAAAAGGCAAGGACGCAACAUGGGAUGAAAGCUAGCCCCUUUCAAAGCUGCCAUCUGAAUGCAUCCACUCUGCAAGGGUUUGUUUGUUUUUAACCGCAGUCAAAGAGAGGCUAAUCAAGCUUCUCACCAGGAGAUGGAGCUACAUCAUUAGAGUUCCCCUGAACUGUCCCAAUUAGUGGUCCGAGUUAAGUUUGGAAGAAACGUGUGUGCAAGCUUCUUCUUCAAUGAUUUAUUUUAAAAUAUUUCAUUAGUAAUAAGUUGAGUGGCUUCACUUCAGCAACGCAUGCAGAGUAAACAAGAUGCUUUGUGCAGCCUUUGUUUAAAGCAGGGAUGGGAAACUUGUGGCCCUUCUGGUGUUGAUUACAGGGCUGGCCCAACCAUGAGGCAGACUGAGGCAGCUGUCUCAGGCGGCAGAAGCCCUUGGGGCAGCACCCCCAUGCAGGGCCAUCUUACCCAUAGGCACUAGGGGUACGGGGCACUCGGGUGCCGGGCUCUCAGGGGCGCCAGGCCCAAGAGCUGAGUCCGAGGAAGAGCCCGCCCAUUGGCCGGAGCGCUGCGGCAGGCUCUUCUGCUUCGGGCGGCUCUGCGCCACGAGUUUGGGGGUGACCAAGCAAGCAAGACGCUGAGGUGGCCAGCCGGCUCUGCCCUCCUGCGUGCCUGGGACUGGGCAACGGGGGGGGGGGCGCCAGGCGGAUCUUUGCAUCCCGGCGCCACAUAUGCUUAAGACAGCCCUGCAACCAUGGGUACCGCACCCGCCCCUGCUAUUGCCACAGGAGAAGCGAGGAGAAGCAGCAGUGGUGGAUUCCGGGGAAAUCUUGUGAGACCUCAUAGAAUUCACCAGAAACUGCUGCUGCCACACAUCCAGCAAGCAAGGCUGUAGUGGCAGUGGUUGGGAGACGACACCUUCCUGUUUUACCUCAGGUGCAAAAUGGGACAGGCACCAUCCUUCCUCUCUCCAUUUGGCCAUACUGGCUGGGACUAGGGGGAGCUGGAAGUUCAACAGCACCUGGGGGCCGCAGGUUCCUUUAAUGGCUGCUAGAGAAAAUAUGAAUAACCUUCUAGCACAUUCUUUGUUGAAAACUAAAUGGCACUGAACACAGUGGGAUUUACUUCCAAGUUGGCAUGCCUACAGUUGCAUUGCUACUCAAUUAAUCUUUUUUUCUCUCCAAUCAAGUAGCAGGACUGGUUAUUAUCCAUUUCCAAUCUUGUCUAGCGUUAGAAUGAGAAGAUGUUUCACUGUUCUUAUUAACUGCUUUUCAUCACAAGCGACCUCAAAGUAUUUACAUAACACAUAAACAAACCAUAUAAUUACAAAUAGCAGAAUGAAAAUAAAAUAAGAACCAGCAACAGUGCCGAUAACAUUAAUAAUAAAACCGCAAAAUCAGUGCUAUAAAAAGCAAGACAGAUUCAAAAAUUGUCUAACCAUAGUCAUCGAAAGCUAGAGAGAAAAAACAAAUACAUUUCCACUGAGCGGUGAACGCCCAACAAUAACAUGGAACAGGAUUUCCCAAACUUGGGUCUCCAGCUGUGUUUGGACUACAAUUCCCAUUAUCCCCCAGCUCACAGGACCAGUCCAAAAACAGCUGCAGGCCCAAGUCUGGGAAACCCUGAUAUGGAAGGUUAUGGUGCUCAGCAUUUUGUGCGUGUGUUUUGUGUUUUCAUUUCUUAUAUUUUAACUUUGCAUCAUGCCUCUCUGUUACUUUUUGGCUUUUUCAAAAAAAACAACCAACCACCUUAGGGCCCUUGAUCCAUGCAGAAGUCGGCGACUCAAUACUAAUUGUGUUUAAGAACAAAGCUAGUCGUCCAUAUUCCGUAUCGGCACAUGGCGUGGAAGCAACAGCGGCUGGGAAUAAAGCACGCACCACAAUGCCAGGUGAAUUACACUGCAUGUUUCCAAGUCUUUAGGUUCUGUUAACAAUGUGUUCUGUUUAGUAUUUUAAUGCACACUAAACUAGAAUUAAUCACAGUAGGGAAAUAUGGAGAUGUCUUGAUGUUGGCAAACCUAUAGGUGUGGCUACAUUUUUUAAAAAUAUCAAGUUAAGGUGGUUGUAUAAUUAGUACAAUCAACAGAUUUUGGCCAGGGAUUGCUUGCAUUGCCCAAGACCUUCACAUUGCUGCUAUGGUGUUUUAGUGUGUUUAAUUUUAUUGUGAGUCUGAACUGUUUGUUGUAAGCUGCCUUAAGUAGCAGAAAGGUGGGAAAUAAAUAUUUCAUUUUUUAAAAAAAUGAUGUUUUCAUUAAGGACUGGAAAUCCUUACUUUUGGUAGGGGGUGGUGUUAACACCUUUUGAGUUUUGUGCCAUACCAGCUUGAGAACCGUAAGUCCCUACUAAGGAAGACUGGCAACUUAAAUUAAUGGAAUAUGCUGAAAUGGCUAAAUUAACUGGAAGAUUAAGAAAUCAAAAAGACAACAAAUAUAAAAAAGAAUGGAAAAUGUUUAUUGCAUAUUUACAAAAGCAUUGUAAGAAAGUUUAUACAAUAGCAGGUUUUUAAAAAACACUUGUAAUAUUAAGAAGAAUGUUAAAUUUGGAAAUAAUUAAGAAUAAGGAAAUUACAGACAUGUAUAAUAUAAGAUGAUACAAAAGAACCAGGGGUGGGAAUGGAGGGAAGCCGGGGAUCUGAGUAAUCUCAAAAUGUGGAUUUAAUAUGAUGUGAAAAUGUUUUAUUUUUUUUAUUUUUUGUGGUUUAUAUUUACUGUUUUAAAUUUAUGAUGUUUAGUUAUGAAAAUGAAUAAAUAUUACUAUUUUAAAAAGCUACUGUUUUUAAUGUUUUGGUUUUAAACCAAAGUACUGAGUUUCGUAAGAUAUUUGGAUUUUGACAAGCUGUUCUUUAUUCCUUUUUAUAUAUGUGGACAGGAGAAAUAAACACUUACCGAUGGAACGUCCCAGAAAGGUCAGGACCUGGAGUCUCUGAUCCCAACUGUAUCACUUGGGUUUACUACUCAACAGUGCAUUUUGUAAAGGUAAAUGUAGCGAAGGUGUGCUCCCACCCCCCGCCCUGUGUGUCUUUUAUGGGAGAACCCUUGAGAGGGGGGAUUAUUUGCCUAAAAUGUUAAAUGAAUACUAUAUUAUCAAGCUCCAUCUGUACAAAGCCAAAUGUAAAUCAGGGAUGGGGAACAGGAUUCAGCCUGGAUCCUGAUCUCCCCCAAAUUCCCCAUGGACCGCUGUUCUAACACUUUGCUACAUUAUUAUAGUUGUUAUUCUGGCAUGGCUCUUUGUUAUCACAGUUGCUUUAGCAGUCUUUCAUUUAAAAAGUUGGCUUUUUAACAAAAUAACUGCAUGCAUCUAUAAAUUAAUGAUGAUAAUAGUGAUAAUGAUAAUGAUAGUGAUAAUUAUUAUUAUUUAUUUAUUUAUUUAUUUAUUUAUUGUUUAUACCCCGCCCAUCUGGCUGGGCGGCUCCCAAUUGAAUAUUAAAAACACAAUACAGUUUUUUUAACACAAUGUUAUUCUCUGUUUUCCAUUUCUCUUUAAUUCCAGGAUAUGUACAGUGGCUUGAUCGGGCCGCUUAUAAUUUGCAGAAAAGGAGUGUUAAAUGAAAAGGGUUUAAGAACAGACAUUGACCAAGAAUUUGCCCUUCUGUUCCUGGUCUUUGAUGAAAACAGGUCCUGGUAUUUGAAUGACAACAUUGAGAAAUAUCUACAUGAGGAUCUGAAGGCGUUCAACCACACCAAUGACUUUGUGGAAGGGAACAAUAUGCAUGGUAUGUUGCUGUUGUUGUUGUUGUUUAGUUGUUUAGUCGUGUCCGACUCUUCGUGACCCCAUGGACCAGUGCACGCCAGGCCCUCCUGUCUUCCACUGCCUCCCGUAGUUUGGUCAAACUCAUGUUUGUAGCUUUGAGAACACUGUCAAACCAUCUCGUCCUCUGUGUGGUGUAGUGGUUAAGAGCGGUAGUCUCGUAAUCUGGGGAACCGGGUUCACGUCUCCGCUCCUCCACAUGCAGCUGCUGGGUGACCUUGGGGCAGUCACACUUCUCUCAGCCCCACUCAUAGUGUUUGUUGUGGGGAGGAAGGGAAAGGAGAAUGUUAGCCGCUUUGAGACUCCUUAAAGGGAGUGAAAGGCGGGAUAUCGAAUCCAAACUCUUCUUCUUCUUCUUCAUCCCCUUCUCCUUGUGCCCUCCAUCUUUCCCAACAUCACGGUCUUUUCCAGGGAGUCUUCUCUUCCCAUGAGGUGGCCAAAGUACUGGAGCCUCAGCUUCACAAUCUGUCCUUCCAGUGAGCACUCAGGGCUGAUUUCCUUAAGAAUCAAUAGGUUUGAUCUUUUUGCAGUCCAUGGGACUCUCAAGAGUCUCCUCCAGCACCAUAAUUCAAAAGCAUCAGUUCUUCGGCAAUCAGCCUUCUUUAUGGUCCAGCUCUCACUUCCAUACAUCACUACUGCGAAAACCAUGGCUUUAACUAUACGGGCAAGGUGAUGUCUCUGCUCUUUAAGAUGCUGUCUAGGUUUGUCAUUGCUUUUCUCCCAAGAAGCAGGCGUCUUUUAAUUUCGUGACUGCGGUCACCAUCUGCAGUGAUCAUGGAGCCCAAGAAAGUAAAAUCUCUCACUGCCUCCAUUUCUUCCCCUUCUAUUUUCCUUCUAUUUAAAAUGUUACUUCGUGAAACAUUCAGGUUUGCUACUGAACAGUCGCGCAAUGCAACAUGCACUAAGCGGGAAUAAAUGCAGACAUUCAAAGUGCUUCUCUGUUAUAGUUCUGUUAGGACUGAUGGGGCUGGAGGAUAGGCAACACAAAUGCUCCCUGCACUUAAGAAAGCAUUGUGUCAAGAAGAGGGCACCUCCUGAGGUACUUGCUUUCUGAGUGUGACAAGCUUUUCAAGCUGGAAAAACAUUCAGACAAGGACGGGCUGGUGAAUUGGUAAAUAAGAGAGGGGGUUUUCCUUGCAGGGCUUAGAAAUGAAAACCUUAAUACAAAGAAAUGCUUGGGAAUAAAAAGCUUUAAUCUAAAGCAGGGAUAUCCAACAGGUUGAUUGUGAUCUACUCAACAACUUUGGUCAUCCAAUGGGUAGAUCACUGCCAGUUUUUUUAUAGUGGGAGUAGAUCGCAGUCUCUUGAAAGUUGGACAUGCCUGAUCUAAAUAAAUACUUCUUCAACAGUUGUUGCCUGCUUCCUGCUCUAGCGAAAGCUGAUCUGGAGGGUUUGGAAAUCCCCUGGAAUGGCAAAGCAUGUGGUUCAGAGAGUUGCCAGUAGGAGGGAGGAGACCAGAGGAAAUCCACAAAGGCAAGGGAUUCUCUGGAUCCAAGCCAAUCAUUCUAGCAAGAGCAGAAGUUUUGAAUAAUGUACCGUAUUUUUCCAUGUAUAAGACGACCCCUAUUUUUUUUAACCCAAAAUUAAGAAAUUAAGUUGUUUAGCUUUUUUGGGGGGGGGUCACUUCUGCCAAUUGCUCACCCACCUGCCUGCCGCUGCCGAUCGCUUGCCACAGCCACUGCUCAUUGCACUCCUCACUGCAGCCGCCAAUUGUCUGCCCACUCGCCGCCACCAACAGCCCACCUGCCCACUUGCCACAGCCACCAAUCGCCUGCCCAAUUGCCGCAGCCACAGCCAAUCGCCAGCAGGCCUUGCCUCAGCCACCUGCCCAAUCACCACUGCCAAUCUCCUGCAUGCUGCUGCCAUUAAUCGCACAUCCUCUCUCUGCAUUCACUAUCCGUGUAUAAGAUGACACUCAAAUUUUGCCUAUUUUUUUUAGCAAAAAGCAUCGCCUUAUACACAGAAAAAUACGGUAUAUACCUGAUUUUAAUUUGCAGUGGAGCACACUGAUAAACCUGCAUGCCUCUGCAAACUUUGCAAAUCUCUCCCUUCAGCAAUCAAUGGAAAGAUCUAUGACAAUCUCCAUGGGCUAACGAUGAACGUAGGGGAAAACACCAACUGGUACCUGAUUGGAAUGGGAAAUGAAAUUGACCUCCAUACUGUCCAUUUCCAUGGAGAGAGCUUUCUGUUCAAGGUUGGUAUAAGCAAAAUAGUACCAUUUGCAUUGUGAUGAAUAACUUAAAUAGAAAACAUUAGCUCUCAGAGAGGGGAUGUUAUUGCAAACAAACCACAUGUGCAUGCACAUCCUAUACCAGCAGGAAAUUAGUAGGUCACAAUUAGUAAAAAGAGGUAAAGCAUUUUGGUCAUGCUGCUACAAUUAGCUACUUUUCCAUAAGCACAAUGCACUUGGAUUAUAUCCUAUUAAUGCCUGAAGAGUGAUACAUAGGUGGAGGGUGCUUCUAUAAGUAAAUCCCUUUGGUGAAUUAGAUUAUAUAUAUAUAUGGCUGUGGGUGUAUAACUUCCACAUAGAUGAGAAUUCAUAUCUCCAACCAUUUACUUUGUGCUGCUGGCAAAGCUGCAGACAAAAAUAUGCUAAAAUGCAGCUGAUUUUUCACAAGAACUUUAAAAAUAAAUAAAUUGCAGACUGAUGUGGAGAUGUGGAAAACUGAAUUUAAGAUUGGAAAAAAUAAGAUAAACAAAAAUGGACAUAUUUACCCAUCCUCAAAUGAGGGGGAAGGGGAGCUUCUUACCAUAUUUUUUGCUCUAUAAGAUGCACUUUUUCCCUCCUAAAAAGUAAGGGGAAAUGUGUCUGCGUCUUAUGAAGUGAAUGCAGGCUGCACAGCUAUCCCAGAAGCCAGAACAGCAAGAGGGAACGUUGCUUUCACUGCACAGCGAUCCCUCUUGCCAUUCUCGCUUCUGGGAUAGCCACGCGAAGCCUCCUCAGGGCAGCGGGAGGAACGUUCCCCCUGCCCUGAAGAGGCUUUGUGUUGCUUUCGCAGAAGCCAGAACAGCGAUCGCUGCUUUUGCUGCGCAGCGGUCCCUCUUGCUGUUCUGGCUUCUAGGAUUCAGAAUAUUUUUUUUCUUGUUUUCCUCCUCCAAAAACUAAGUGCGUCUUAUGGUCUGGUGCAUCUUAUAGUGCGAAAAAUACGGUAAUUUUUUUAUCUUCUCAGAGUUUCAAAAAGCAAACAAAACAGAGGGCAUGAUUCUGCCAAGCUAAGCACUUCAAUGCCCCUUUUUUUUAAAGGAAGGGGAGGUGGGGAGAGAAAGAGUGUUAAGCAUGUGGUUCUCUUCCCCCACUGAAAUAAGAGAUUUCAUAGUCACAUACUGUCAGGGAACUGACAUCGGAGCUAGAGGCAGAGGGAAGGCUCUCAAAUGAUGCUGGAGAAGGGCCCAGCAGGGAGAGAGGCAGCUCAGCAGAUGGGGAAGCAAAUCAGCGCAACACCAGGAAUAAAGGGGGGCCGAUGGGGGAAUCGGCGAGAGGGCUCCCAGACUCUUCACCGGACACCAGCAGGGAGAGCACGGGUCCUCCGCUACCCACGCCCUCCCUGCGCAGAAGACUUCCGCACAGAGAGAGUAGGAGGAGACUGGGUGUCAAACAACUUUUAUGUUGGAAAAGGUUUAAGAAACACCCAGUGACGGAUUCUGCUAGCGACUGAGGCAGCCACUAAGUGAAGGGCUGUCCAGACUGAAAGGUUUAACAAGGCAACAAAGCCAGGAGAGGCGGCAACUUACGCACGGGCAACCCAUACUCAUUACACAUACCAAAAAAAAAUGUUUGCAAUAAUCACAGAGGAUCCCCAUACGGCUAUUUCUGCAUGGUGACUGGGUGGACAGAAUAUACCAUUUGGGCCACACUGCCCAAAGAGCUGCAUAAGAAUGCCCUCUGAUCAGCACAGUCACCUUUCAGACUAGAAUGUUUCUAGUAAUUUGGAAUUUCUACAGCAGGAAAUCCCAAAAGCUCCUAAAAGCAGAGGGUGAGCUACCGUAUUUUUCGCUCUAUAGGACGCACCGGACCAUAGGAGGGGGAGAACAGGGGAAAAAAAUUCUCCCCCUCUCUGCUCAGCGCCCCUUCAGCGAAGCGGCAGGAGAAACGGAGCCCCUUCCAUUUCUCCUCCCGCUUCGCUGACGGGGCGCUGCGCAGAGAGGGAAAACUGUGCAGCGCCUCUCCAACGAAGCGAAACCUGGAGAGCAAGAGGGAUCGGUGUGCACUGACCGCUCUUGCUCUCCAGGCUUCAGGUGGCUAUCCGCAAGCCUUCGGAGUGCAGCAGGAACUUCUGCUGCGCUCCAAAGGCUUGCGGAUAGCUGCCUAAAGCCCCCGGAGCGCAGUGGGAGUUCGCGCUGCACUCCAGGGGCUUCAGGCGGCUUCAGUGAAAGCAACGCAAAGCCAAGGAGCGCGGGGGGAGCUCUCCCUCUGCGCUUCGGAGGCUUCGCGUUGCUAUCGCUGAAGCCAAGGAGCCUGCAUUCGCUCCAUAAGACGCACACACAUUUCCCCUUAAUUUUUGAAGGGGAAAAAGUGUGUCUUAUAGAGCGAAAAAUACGGUACUUUUACCACCUAGGGAUAAGCUUUGAAUUUACUCGAUGCUCUGCUGCCUUUGACACAGAAGGAUCACAAUCACAGAGGAGAUGUAUAUGACCUCUUUCCUGGGACGUUUCAGACUGUUGAACUUGUAGCGUUCAAUCCUGGGACAUGGCUUCUGCACUGCCACGUUCACGAUCACAUCCAUGCUGGGAUGGAGACAACUUACACUAUUGUUGAAUCAGGUAAGGUUGCUUUGCAACAUGGGUUUGGGCAGCUUAUGCACCCAGGUAGUCAUAGAACAUGAGAAAAGCUUUGUUGAAAAGCCCACUUAGUCCAGCACCCUGAUCUCACAGUGGCCAACCAGCUGUUCUUAUUGUUGUUAACCCACACACGUGGGUCUCUAGAGUAUUAAACCUAAUUAAUAUAUCCUCUUACCAAUUCCCGUCAGUAAUCUCAGGCUCCUGGUUUGGAUAAAGGAAGAAACUGUGGUUAAUUGAGGACUCCAACAUUGCUUUUAUUUCCUUCGCUCAAAUUAAUAUAUCCUCUUACCAAUUCCCGUCAGUAAUCGUAGACUCCUGGUUUGGAUAAAGGAAGAAACUGUGGUUAAUUGAGGACUCCAACAUUGCUUUUAUUUCCUUCGCUCAAAUGAAUAUAUCCUCUUACCAAUUCCCGUCAGUAAUCGUAGACUCCUGGUUUGGAUAAAGGAACAAACUGUGGUUAAUUGAGGACUCCAACAUUGCUUUUAUUUCCUUCGCUCAGAUGGUGUGGGACGUGGAGUCACAACCACGAAAUAUGACACAUUUACAGUCAAUGGCAAGAAGACUGGAGAAGGUAUGACUUUGGGCCGCUUCACAUUUCAUGGAGCAAACCCAGGUUUGCCGCAAAAAGGACAUUCAAGAGGCCAGACCGGGUUCCAUAAUGAGUGCGUGUGUACGGGGCUCAUGUUUAGAAGCACACAUUUGCCCCCACUUCUUGAUCAUGCUUUCCAUAUUCAUUUAUACAUUUAGGAUGGGCGCACAGGACCCUGCUUUAUACUGAGAGCUCAUCCACACUUUGGUUUGCUCCACUGCUUUCCUACAGGAAAGUAUGUGGUUGAGCACUGAUUUGGAAUAAGGCAACCAGGAUUUUCACGGAUUGCCGUUUGUUCCGAUUUAGCGAUAAAGAGUGGGUUUUCCGUGGGAAAGCAGUGGGUCAAAGGCAAAACUGCUCAGACCAUGCUCUCUAGGCACAGGACAAGUGGAAGUGUGGGCUAUCCCCAGGUCCAACCAUUGCUCUAUGUAGCUCAGUAUUGGCGACAUCAGGGUUUCCCAAACUUGGGUCGCCAACGGGUUUUUUUGGACUACAACUCCCAUCAUCCCUGGCCACUAGUUCUGGUAGCUAAGGAUGAUGGCAAUCGUAGUCCAACAACAGCUGGAGAUCCAAGUUUGAGAAACCCUGAUCUACACUAAGGUUGCCCAUUCAAACUUUUAAUUGUCCCAUAAUUUCAAGUCAUGGGUCCAGGCGGUAAACAGUGGGUUUUCCCAGGGAAACCAAAGGGGCCAAAAAAAACCUUCUGGGACCCGUGACUUGAUAUCACAGGACAAACAAAAUUGUGGAUGGGCCCAGACUGACAGCAUCCUUUCAGGUUUUCAGGAAGGACCUACCUGCUGAGCUUUGAACCCGGGACCUUCUACAUGCAAGAUCGACCCCUGAGCUAUAGCCCUUCCCCAACUAAAAGGGGAAGAUGUACAACUAAAAGCAAAAUGUGUCUAUCAGCCCACAGUGGGGUUUGUUUGUUUUUUAUUUAGUUGACAUUUCCCUUCCAGGGGAAGGAAUACAUUUCUCACAAAUGCCUUUCUCUUUCAGCAGGUAAAGGUAGAGCAGGAAUAGAAUUCUUGGGGAAAACUCUGGGCCCAGGAGAAGCCAGCUCGGUGCUCAAAGCUCUUUUUAUCACUGGACUUGUUCUGUUGGUAGCUCUCUUGAUCCUUAUUCUCGUUGUUGCUUGCCAGAAGAAAAAGGCCCGUUAUAGAGCCAUAGGUCACAAAUUUGAUCUUCCAAUGGAGUCCUUCUGAUCUGACUGAACAUGGCUUCACUGACUUUGUCAGAAAUGUUGCUGCUGCCUUUUGAGGUGGGAGGAAACGCCGACACAUAUGGCCGCUUCAAGACGACCACUUUAUUUAUCAUUCAUCCCGAU